AUGGGCAGUAGCUGUUCACAUGCAGCACACCUUUUCCAUUUGCUAAUAAGGCCCUGCCAGGCUGGGAGUGAGUUGUCUCUGCCUGACUCUGGAGAGAAGAGCUACCGAGACGACCCCCGGGCACCAUGAAACUCCUCCAAGUGAUCAUCCUUUGUCUUCUUCUGCCCAGCCUUUAUAGCAGUAAAGAGAACGCAGAUGGUAAAAAUGCAACCAUUGGUGGAUCACCAUCAAUUUCUACAACAGAAAAAUCUGUAUCAACACCAAGCAUGACGCCAAAUCCUGUUUCUGAAUCAACAACUGGAAUAUCUUCUAAUGGAACAACAAAUAAGGAAUCCUUAAGUACACCUUUGCCUCCCACAUUUUCUUCAUUAACUACAACAAUUACAGAUGAAGAAAAGAAAACCGAGGGUGUCAUGAAGAAUCCCACCACUGCAAACCCAACAGUGACAAGUCCUCCACUUUCAAAUACUGUUUCAACACCACAAAGUUCCCAACACAAGACUGAGAAUCAGAGUUCAACCAAAACAACAGAAACACCAGGUAACACUCCACAUCCAGAGACACCACCUUCUAAUGCCAGUACGUUACCCUCAAUUUCAGCAACAAUUCCAGGAAACAUCUCCCAGUUUCAAGGUACUGAGGAUGCAAAAAAUGCAAGUUCUUCUUCAGCCAACCCCUCUUAUUCCAGUAUUAUUUUGCCAGUGGUUAUCGCUUUGAUUGUGGUGACACUUUCAGCAUUUAUUCUUGUGGGUUUGUAUCGAAUGUGCAGGAAGACCGACCCAGGUACACCAGAAAAUGGAAAUGACCAACCUCAGUCUGAUAAAGAGAGUGUGAAGCUUCUCACUGUUAAAACAAUUUCUCAUGAGCCUGGUGAGCACUCUGCACAAGGAAAAACCAAGAACUGACAGCUUGAUGAACUUCUCCACACUUGGCAAUAAAUAUGCUUAAUCUUCAGCUUCUGUGCUCCAGGGGCGGCAAGGGAGAAAGCUUCGUGGACUCAUUCCUGAUGCCCCGUCCUGCCCUCCAGUCUGCCAGUCACCUGUCCCAAUAAAGAGAUGUCCAGGUGGCAUGCAAUAAUUUCACAGAAUCUAAAAGAAGCCUGGGCCUCUCCUGUCAUUUGAGAUGUGAAAAAAGCACAUUACUGCAUUUUAUAGGAACGUUCUUGGGAGUUUUAGGAAGGACCUUUGUGAGCAGAUUACCUGACAGCCCAGGUAGGUGAGUUCCCUGAUGACAUGACCUUCCCCUGAGUAAAGUUUCCAGACCCGACAGUUCAUAUCCAUGGAGACUUUCCUAUUUUCUUGGUGUUCUUAUAUUACCUAAUGUUUGUAUUUAUUGUUUUGUACUAUGUUAAUGCAGGGACAAUUUGCAAGUGUAUUAUUAAAUAUUAGGUAGAUAUCAUGCCAUGCCACUUUGUACAUAAAGAUAUUUUAUUCAUAUUUUCAUGUGUUACUUUUAAUAAAUAAUUACUAUAUUCAACACACUAAAAUAUCAUAAUGUGACUGUGAAAAUGGCAAUGGUAUUGUCUUCCCAUAAUUAUGAAUAUUUGGGUGCUGAUUACUUGAACAUGAGAACUCACUAAUGAAAGACAUUUGCGAUAAGUGAGAAAGGAACAAAGGACCCACAUAUCAGACCCCAUUAAAGGGAAGUCAGCUUCCCAUCUCUUUGGUCUUUCUAGUUGUAAUUCACACUAUGUGGCAAGGAUGUGAGGGCAUUUAUGACACUCCGUACUGCAUUCAUUAAGAUGAUAACAGGAUUGAGAAUUUUCAUAAUCCGUUUGGUUGAUAGAGUCUGUGCAUUUUUAAUUCUUUUUUAAAAUAUAAUGAUUUGUUCUAGCAA